AUGGCCUCCACCACACCCCCAACCCCCGCUCCAAACACAGCACCCCCGAAACCAAAGCCCUCGCAACCCCCCGUCUCAAUCCUCCCCACGCAAUUCGCCCGCGCCUACGCCCUCGCCCAUCCAGCCCUCCUCCUCUCCCUCGUCGUCUACCGCUUCACCUCCGUCGUCGAGAACCCCAUCGCCGAGCUGCUGGGCGAUAUACCCUACCUCGUUGGCCUGCAGGCCGUCUAUGUCAUGGGGUGCCUGCCCCCCGCAGGCAGCGAGAAGGAUCCCUCGGGUUCAGGCCCCGAUGCAAGCGAGCACAAAACGAUCAAGAAGAGCGCUAGUAUAAGCGCGCUCCGGCGUCGCGGGAAGGCUACUGGUAGCGCUUCGUGGUCGACGGGGUUGGUGCUGGUUGCGUGGAAAUUAACCCCCGCCCUCCUCUCCCUAACGCUCACAGCCCUCCUCGCAACACCCGUCCUCGCAAUCCUCCUCAUCCUCUUCGGCGCCCCCUUCACAACACACCACGCCCUGACCUUCCUGUGCGCCGCGCACAUGGCGCUCCUUUCGUCUUUCCCGCUUAUCUAUACGCACGGUGUAGACGGAACUGUAUGGAGGGAGGUCUGGGGCGCGGCUCGGCCACUCGAUGCCGUUUGGGGCGGUGCGCUGGGGACGUGUAUUGGUGCUUGGCUGGGCGCGGUGCCGAUUCCGUUGGAUUGGUAG